AUGAAUUUACUUGAUUUACCCGAUGAAAUUCUUCUUUGCAUAUUACAUAAAAUGAAUGUUGUUGAUGCAUUAUAUAGACAAAGUGGUCUUCAUCAUCGACUUGAUCAACUAUUAUUCGAUGCUAUCUAUGUUCGUGAACUAGAUUUUACAAUAAAAUCAUGGGAUAGUUCAAUUUCUCCAUUGAAUGAUUUAAUAAUUGAUAAAGUUUGUGAAAAAAUUCUCUCACGUAUCAAUAAUAAAAUUAUCAAACUCACUAUUGAACCAUAUGCAUUCGAACGUAUUCUUAAUAAUAUCAGUUAUCCAAAAGUUUCUUCAUUAUCAUUAACUAAUUUUUCAAGUAAAACACUUCUACAACAUUUGACAGGUAUAAUGAUUAUUAAUCUGAAUCCUUUAAAUAUUGAAAGUAUUCUAGGUAAUGAUGCUCUCAUUCAACUGAUCGUUAAACAAAUUACGCAUUUGAAUAUUAAUAUUAUCGAUGAAAUCAUAGAUGAAACAGAUAAUAAUAAUGAUCAGUUAAAUGUAUUUGAAUUAAUCUUAUCAAUAUCAAAAUGUUUAAUUGAAUUUACAUUUCAUCAAUCGAUUAAAAAUAAUCACCAGUGUCUUUUUAUUGAUCAUCUAUCGUCGACAAAUCCUAUCUGUUCUACAUUGACUAAACUGGAUAUAGAAAUCAAUACAUUUGACGAUUGUCUUUCUCUUUUAGAUGGUCGUUUUCCAUCAUUAUCUCAUUUUUUAGUGUACGUUAACUACAUCUCUUCAAUUUCAUCAGAUAUUGAUAAAAUAACAAAAUUAUCGAAAUUAAAAUAUUUCUCAUUGACUAAUUAUAUUAGCACACAAUUCUACAAUGAUCUUGUCGUGCUACUUAUACAACGCAUGUCUUAUUUAGAAGAACUUCGUUUAUUCCUGAAUGUUAUAAGAAAAGAUACAUAUGAAGUUGUCGAUGGAAAUAAUCUUUAUAAUGAUAUUCUAAUUCAUCUAUCUCAAUUGAAGAUAUUUCAAUUUAGUAUUUAUACUUAUCUUUUCAAUACAAACGUAUCAAUCAAUGAUUUUCCUUCCAACGAUGAUAUUCAACGUAGUUUCAAUCCAAAUAGAUUCGGACAAAUCGGAUCGUAUGUUCAACAUACUUCAGGAAAAACUGUAUAUGGUUGUCAUGUCUAUUCACUUCCAUUUAAAUUCAAAACUUUCAUCAGAUUGAGCAACUCAUUUUGAGGAGGAAUAUUUUAUCAUGUUCGAAUGCUAGUUGCUAAUGAUCAUGUACACUGGGAAUAUUAUUUCUUCAAGAAAGUUGCUGAAAGUUUUCCUUCUCUUGAAGUAUUAAUGAUUUGGAAUUCUCAUCCACAGAAAAAUAAAUUACAAUUGAAUAAUAAUAAUAAUACAGAAAACCUGCAAAUGGUUACAUUUCUUCGAUUAUUGGAUCUUCGGGUGUCAUUUGCACAUAUCGAUUAUAUUGAACAAUUGUUAUUCAAUCGAUAUACACAUCUACCUCGUCUUUGUCAACUUGAAAUUGACUAUGAACAACUAACUAUAUUGACGAACAAUUUUACAAACGAUCAAACACAACUCAACUGUUUACAAGUACAACGUCUGAUCGUCAACGAAUGUUUUGUUCCUCCACACAAGUUUUUUUUGUUUUUUCCUUUGUUAUAAUAAAUAAAGUGUUGUAUAAGUUUGAAAAAUUCAAUUUUUUUUAUGUAUUAGUUCUUAUUUUGUUUGAUUUUAGUAUGUUAAGUAAGUAGCAUCUUAACUUCUCUGUGUGACACAAAAAAUGAGUAUUUAGUAAAUUCUGAUAUUUAAAAUACUUACAUUCAUUUCGAACCAAGAAAAAAUUUGUCUUGUAUUUAUACAGUUAUAUUUCAUGGUUUUAUAACAAUGCAUUCGAAAUAUAUUGUUCAAAAUUCAACUGUACUAUUCAUAUAUUUCCUAGUCAUCAUGGAACAAAAUAUAACAAUGAAUUUUUGCUAUAUUUUUCACUUCAUAUUUUUUUUAAUCAAUUUAUUCCAUCUUUGAUUAUGUAUUCUCAUCUAUACAACAUAUCUACUAUAGAAACUCAUAUAAUUUAUUUGAAUAACUGAUCUGAGUACACAAACAAGACAUUACAAAAUUAUAGUUUAAUGGAUAUGGUGAAUUACUAAACGCUAAAAAUGAGAAACAGAAUAAGAACAAAUAUCUAUAUAUAAUGAUUAAUAAAAUAUCAAACACUGUCAAAAGUUAGGAUAUAAGUUUAUUCUAGUCAUAUACACAUCCUCUUUAACAACCAACGAAAUGGUAAUGAUGGCGUCUCUCUUUCAUUUCCUCACGUACUACUUAUAUCGCUGAGUACAUAAGCAGCAAUAUUGUGAAGAGAAAUAAAGAACAAAGAGGAACGAUAACACACAGUUAACUUAUUAUUAACUCUUGUUCUCCCAGAUGAGAUGGAAGAAAUAGGAAAUAACUUUUUCUAACCAAUGUAAAUAUACAUUAUAGAUUAGAACGGAAAUUACAAUAAUCUUUCAUCUCUUUCCUCUCAAUGAAUUAUUAAAAAAAAAGGAAACGAAGGAAUAAUACAAAUAUUUUUCUUCCAUAAAUAUGUCUCCG